AUGGCCGCGCCUGAUUCGGAAGCAGGCGUGGGCCUGAGUUCAUCGCGGUCCAGCGAGAUCAGUAAUGAUGAUGAUGGUCAGCUUCGAAGUAGUCCCCCGCUCACCGUGCACAGUGGUGAUACGGAGCCGGGUGGACCGUCAGCCCUCACAGCUGAGGACCGAGCCCCCCUCUUGCUUGCGCUGCGCAAGGCAAGCUUCGUACCGGUCCUCAGCGCGCUGCUGACCGAUCGGCCCUUGAGCACAACCCUGGUGCACACCUUGGAAUUCUGCCACGAGCAACGAGCUACCUUGCCGCCAUGGACUGAAUGCCAAGCUCUGCUCAGCCUGGUGACUUGGCACCAGCUUCGCGACACAUCCAGGAGCACCUCCCUCCCUAUUGUGGCGGCUGAGCUAGUCCACUUUAUCGAUCUCUACCAGCAAGAGCUAUUCGGGCCGCGCCUCUCUGACUUGGUCCUUCAUCUUUGGCGUCCCAUGGAGAUGUCUAGUCAGGGGUCUAACUUGAGUGCUUCGCGGCGCUCAUCACAAGUAGGACCGGUGCCCUCGCCUCGCGGCUUGGCCGUAGCUCGCAAGGCCGCUUUGCUGCGCAAAAUGGGCCGUCACUGGAAGAAGCACCGCCGGCAAGCCAUGCUCUCCGUCUCUCACUCCUCUGCCAAUUCGCCGCGAAGUUCUGCUGCCCCGUCCACGCCUGUGGCCUCUCCGCUGCUGGCCCGCCCUGCGGCCGCCUCUCCCAUGCCAGAGGCCACCCGCGUUGUGGCCAAUACUUCCUAUGGCACCUGUCGCUUGGUGGUGCACGGAAUCGAGCGCCGCGCUCGUCAAGAGCACGCACACUGCGGAAUCCUUCGCUACUUUGACAAAGACACGAAGCAGGACGAUGAGGGUGAACUGGCACUGCUGCAACCCUAUCGCCAAUGGAUGCGUGCUCAUCACCACGUGUGGUGUCCGAACAACAAGGCUGGAUUGGUGCACAACUAUCGCUCCGCUUUGCGUGAUCUCACCGAUUUGGCCUCUGUGGAUGGUGUUAUCGGCAUACUGUCGCUUCAGUCGUGGCACGUAAUGGUAUACCGCACGGGCUUGAUGGCGUUUAUUGAACUACAAGCCAAUGGACAACUGCGUGAGCUGCACCUCGAUCAACAGCUUGCUGUGCGCCUGGCGGCCAACCACGACGUCAUGGUGAGCGCCGUCAUUCAGGGCACGCGCCUCGUCUACACGACUGCCAACAGUGCUAGCUUGGGAAUGGCCGAGCUGGCUAUUUCUCGUGGAUCCGACGCUCCGCCACGAAUCAGGUCACUUGUUCAGUUUGAGCUUGGGGAGGGCCUGCGGGCCAUGCAUGCCGUUAUCUGGGACGCCAUGAUUCUGCUAUGGAAAGGUCGGCCCGUUGACACCAUACUGCUUUUGGUACACAUUCAUCCCAGUGGCCAGGACCUGCGCCGGCUAGGCGAGCUGACACUGCCAAAUACUUGUGUUGAUUUGCAAGUCUACCAUGACGAGGUUUUGGCCGUCUUGACCGACUUUCAGGCACCCGGACUCAAGACUUCCUUGGCGCGCUGCCGCUAUGUGCUUCCAGAUCAUGACGGGCGAGUGCUCGUCAAAGGAAAAGCGGUGACCUUUCUUGAGCACUCCACCGGAAGCAACAAGGGUAUUUAUCUAGUGGCGCAUUACCCGGGUCUCGAGCUUGAUGCGCCGCCAGCGGCCGUGCUUCCUCGGCACCAAGGAGUUGAUUUGCUAACCCGAGACGGGACCGUUUAUCGCCUCCUUGAUCCGAAGAGUGGCGGCUCGACCCUGGUGCAUGUGGACCCGAGGCUAGCUCAAGCCCACGCAACCAUCGUGCACCCCCGCCUGCCAUUGCACGUAGUGCUGGCCUCGGGUGGUCGCUUGUUGGUAACCGAUGGUAACUGGAAUAUCUUGCCACUACGCCUCUAUGGCGGUGGACCCGAUGGCGAGCUUUUGGAUACCUUGUUUCCAUUCGAACUGGGAUGUCUGCUCGACGGCGAAGCUGUCGUGGGCAAGUGGUUGCUGAGCGAGACAAGGACAGUGUCGGACGAGCACUGGCUGUACUUGGGCUGCCAGCACAAUGUGCCUGUGCUGCUUUGUAUUGCUCUCGAGAGCAGUGCCUGGUCAACGACGAGUGCCCUCUCACCUACCCUCCAAACCAUCCGCGCUCACAUGGAAGCGCAGCAAGUGGAGCUGGCGCUACGCUCGCUCAACCAUGGCCGAAUCCACCGCGAGCUGCCGCCAAAAGAAGCCCUGUGUGCCUACACGUGGUUGCUAGAGGCGUUGCUUGAUAGUCUGAUCGGGAACGAGGCUACCGUGGGUGGCAUCUCGCAAGCAAUGGACCUGAUUGCAUCGGGCAGCGACGUUCUCAGCGCAACAGGGUGGCAGACCGAUUCAAGCGACGACGAUGGCGUCUUGUUCGAAGCCCAGGCGUGGCGGAUGUUGCAUUGGCUCGUGGCCAAGAAUGCCUGGUCCGACAUCCUGCGGCUUGUGUCAAUCGUUGGCAGGCAAAGCUUCUUGCAUGCCGCUUUGGGCUUGGCCCGAGGAUGCUCAGCUCGGACUGAUUCAAACACGAAUGAGCCCAUGGCGGUGAUGAUGGAUACCAACGUGGCCAUUUUGCAAGCCAUGCUGACACUGGUGUCACAGCAUGACGCCGAGGAAAGCUCCUUGGCUUGAAAGCCGGCGGUGCCUCUUCAUCACUGGUGUCUGAUCAUGUGAUAGUCAAAAAAAAAAAAAAAA